AUGGUAUUGAUAUCUAUAAGAAGAUAUUUGAGGUUACCUCAAGAAUUGAAACCAUCAGAAAUAUUCAAACAAGAUUCGUUAUCACCAUCUAAAAUUGCAUUACAAAUCGUACUAUUACAGAUAUUUUAUUAUUUAACCGCAAGCAUACUUUUUUAUAUAUCUUCUAAACUAUCAGGCCACCCCCUCGAACUACUGAAUUGGUUAUUUAAUUGGGAGGUCGUUGAAUUUAACAAUUCAUGGGGAGUCACUAUUACAGCUCUGUGGUUAUUAGAUUCAUUGAUUUGUGUGUUCUUUUUAACUGUUAUCGUAGGCAGGAGUAAAUUGGCAUGGGAUUUUGCAAUCACCAUUCAUGCUAUCAAUUUCCUUAUAGUUUUGUUUCAUACAGGCAAAUUUCCACGUUUUUCAUGGUUUCUCGUUCAAAUAUUAAGUUCCAUGAUUUUGAUCUUUCUAGGUACCUGGAUGAGCAGGUGGAAAGAGCUACGGGAUACUUUUUUUGAAGAUUUAGUUGAAGGAACCACCGAUCAUAUUACUACUAGUAAUAUUAAUGAUACCAUAACGACAACUGUUGCCAAUGAAUCAAUCGAAUUAAAGGAUCUAGAAGCACAAUAA